CAAUUUCUUAAUAUUACAUUAUAAGUUCGAAUUAGUACUAAUUUUCGGAAAACACUACUCUGCUAACUCUGUCAGAGCCGUUUCUUGGUUUCUACAAUAAAAAUUUGAGUAGGCCUAAGCCAUACAUUGCACUCCGUACUAAAGUGCACUUACGUAGAGUUAAUAUGGACGUCGAAAAAUCCAGCAACAGUUCUUUUGAAGACCUGACCAAUGCCGAAGAUACGAAGGAUAUAAGAGCGGCGCAGUCUGCCAAAUCGGAGAAGCCUGCGACUUUUGACUCGGCUGGCGCAAGUGUUGCUCCCGAUUCAGACUAUGAUCCACCAACUGGAAGUGACUCAGAGAGUGAAAAUGAAUGUGAUGUUUUGGGAAACAAGCAGCUGGUGAAACGCAUUAUUAAGCAGGCGCCUCCGGAUGCAAGGCGUCCAGUCCGUGGAGACUUAGUUAAAAUAACUUUCACUGGUAAGCUGGACGAUGGUACAAUUGUGGAACAAGAGCAGGGCUUCGAGGUGCAUGUAGGCGACUUUGAGGUGGUACACGGCUUGGAUAUGGUGCUACCCAUGAUGAAGGUGGGCGAAGUGGCAAAGGUGCAGCUCGAUUCGCGCUUUGGCUACGGCUCGACUGGACUCAAAAAAGACAACGAAUCUGAGCCCAUAAUAGGUCCUGAUGCACAUUUAACAUACGAAGUCGAACUUUUAGAUUGCAAAACUGAAGACUUUGCGGACCUGAAGACUUUCGAAAUUCUGCGCAAAUAUGGCAUACGAAAAAAAGAACGAGCCAACUAUUUUUACAAACGCUUGGAGUACAACAAUGCUAUAAAUCUGUACAGACGUGCGCUUGACUUUCUAGAUGACCGCGAUGGGGACCCUGACGCCGAGUUUGGCAAAGAAGACCUAGAACAGUUAUCCAAUAGUGAUUUGCAGACUCUAUUAGAGGAUCGCUUGAUUGUCUACAAUAACCUGGCCAUGGCGCAAAUAAAAAUUGACGCGUAUGACGCUGCACUGCAAUCGGUAGAGCACGUCCUACGUUGCCAGCCAAAUAACUCAAAGGCUCUAUAUCGCAAGGGCAGGAUACUUGAAGGCAAGGCUGAUACGCAGGGCGCUAUCAAACUUUUGCAAAAGGUAGCUACAUUGGAACCUGAAAACCGCACUGUUCAACAGGACUUGGCAAGGCUUUUUAUUAAAGCGCGCCGCGAAGAGCACAAUGAGAAGGAAAUGUAUCAAAAAAUGCUGGGGCAAGCUAAAAAAAUGGAACAAAAGACUGCUUCCAGACAAAAACAACCAUUGGUAGACAACUCCAAGCUUAAACUGUUGGGCUACUUAAUGGGAUCUAUUCUGGUUGGUGUCGCUGGCGUUGCCAUUUAUCGUUAUAAGUACUAAGGACGAGAAGUAACACUGAGUACUUUAAGCAAUUUAAAUGCAUUUUUUUACAAUAUACAUGGAGCAAAAUUAUAAACGUUGGAAACUGCAAUUGCUUACUUGUAAAAAUGGCGCUUGUUAUAUGAACUAUUAUGCACUCUUAACACUAGUAUGUAUGAUUGAAAAUGGUAUGGGUUCGGAUAAUAUACAUAUAUUGUACAAUGUUAAA